AUGCCAACAGUAAACCCCUUUCAGUCUUUUGAGGGUGCCGUUGGACAUGAUGAAGCAACAAAGGAGCACAGACAAACUUUUGAAGAACUAUACGGAGAACCAGAGAAUUUUUUGGAGGUUGAUGUCGUGAACCCAAUUACACAUGGUUCAAAACCUUCCAACAUGUAUACAGACUAUGAGAUCAUUUGUCGAACGAACAUACCGGCAUUUAGGAAGAAAUACUCCAAGGUGAGACGCAGAUACAGCGAUUUUGAUUCGUUCAGAAAGGUUUUACAACAUGAAAGUAACAGAGUUGUUAUUCCCAAGCUUCCAGAUAAGUCGAUUCUGACAUAUUCGCAAAGAUUUAAUGACGAAUUCAUAGAGGAAAGACGGCGUGGGUUGGAGAAGUUUCUCAACAUGGUUGCAGGUCAUCCACUUUUACAGACAGGCUCCAAGGCAUUGAUUUGCUUCAUUCAGGAUGAUAAAUGGGACAAAUCUCGGUUUAUUUAA